AUGCCGCCAAAAGGAAAGAAGGGUCCACCAAAAGUUGAUCUCUCGGAGUUUCAGGAAGGCAAAGUUCCUCCAACUGCAGUAAUUGUGGCCGAAGAUGUGGCCAAUAGAUUUGAACCCCUUUCCUCGUCCAUUCCUCAUUCACUUCUCCCACUUGCAAACGUCCCACUUCUUCAUUUUUCACUCUCGCGCCUUGUGUGUGAUGGCUUCCAAAACAUAAUAAUCUACGCCUGUCGUGAUGCGAACAAAAUUCGGGCCUUCGUCGAAUCCAAUGCCUACACAAAGCGCAUGCCUCAAGUGACAAUCAAGGUUGUCAAUGGACACGGUAGCCGGUGCUUGGGAGAUGUAAUGCGAGAUCUAGAAGGUCAUCAGUUAUUGCGAGGAGUUGAGGAGUUCAUCUGUCUACCAGCUGACCUCGUUUGUGAUGUCGAUUUGAGUGUUCUCUUGUCCCGAUUCAGAGAACGUCGAUCGGAGAUUCCCUCUGCCGCACUCGACCUCGUGUACGCCGACCUUCCAUACUUUGCCUUUCCUGAUGCUGAGCGUCUCUCUGUUGUAUUCACCACACCGGACAUGAAACUAAUACAGUCCCAACGGUAUGAACGUGAUAUGCCCGUUAUCUAUUCAUCGGAAGUCCUCGAAGCUGCUACCAAACUAAAGAAACUCGUUGAAGUUCGUUCUCGACUCCUAGAUCCUCGGAUCCUCUUGUGCAGCUCACACAUUCCGCCCUUGUUUCAAGACAAUUUCGACUACGACUCCAUCGAUGACCUAGUUCACGGCAUUUUGACCAACGAGGAAAUCAUGGGCUACAGCAUCCACCUGCAAUUCACCCCACCCUCUCGACUUGUGCUGCCCGCUGCUCCCACACUGAGCCAUCUACUCGACAUCACCCCACGACUUCUGACGCGCUUGGGUGGCACUCUUGUUCGUCCGCCCAACUACCUCUCCACCGACCCCUUCUCUCGUCUCACCGAGGGAAUCCGCCAUUCUUCGUCCCGCGCUCCACCCGUGGCCGUCUCCCUCUCCUGUUACAUUGCCCGAACUGCCCACAUGCAUCCCUCCGCUCGUCUCAUUGGUGCCUGCCUUAUCGGCGAAAACUGUCACGUCGACUCCGACGCCGUAUUGAUCGACACCGUCCUUGGCGACAACUGUACGGUUCUGUCUGGGGCGCGUCUUCGCGGUGUUGUCGCGCUUUCCGACGUCUACAUAAGUCAUGGCGUGGUUGCCGACAAGACGUGGAUCUGUUCCGGCGCUUGGAUACACGAUAGCGUACGUCUGGGUCCGCGAUGCUUCAUUGGCGCUCCGCUCAAAAUGAAGGAGCCUCAAGCGGACUCGGCGAUCAAUAAGGGUGCUGGUGUCGGUGUCACUCUCGGUCCCAACGUCCAAAUCCCACCAGAGAGCAUUCUCGUGGCACCCGGUCCGAACGAUGUCGUCAUGAGCGUGGAAGAAUGCGGUUCGCGUGGAUGGGCAGCAGUUUACCAGCCAAGUUCUUCACGUAACGACGUGUCCCUACUGGCGGACGAUGAAAAUGCAUCAGUUAGCGGUUCAGAUUUGGAGAGUUCUGACGACCAGCAGAUCUUGCUUUGGCGAACAGGUUGGGCUCCCAGACACUCAACCCGCAGUUGUACCGCUAGUCGUCUGUAUAGUGGCGUCGACGACAGCGAGACAAGUCGUCUCCGGAUGCGUAGUAGUGGUGGGGACUUCGAUGGCGAUGGCGGUGGUGCCGGUGCUGGUGCCGAAAGCGAUCGCGGUGAAGACGGUGACGUCUCCGACGAAUUCCUCAUCCAGGAGUUGAAAAACACCCUUAUUCGCAGUGUCCAACUCAAGCAGCCGACCGACGUCGUUCUCCUUGAAGUCAAUUCCCUCAAGCAUGCCUACAACAUCUCCCUGGAGGAUCUCGCCUUUUUCCUCAUCAAAGCCCUUCUUGAUAUUGCUGAGAAGGAAGUUGAUGCGGAGAAACGCGAAGAUGCUAGAGCUUUUGCGGUCUGCUUCAAAAUCCAGCUUUCGCGAUUCGCUCCAGUCCUUGAGAAGUACUUGGCUAGUUCAGAGACCUGCGCGUCGUAUUGUCUGCAGGCAGUUGAGGAUCAGGCUUGUUACCAUCCUGUAGUGAUGAGCGCUGGACAGUGGUUGGUUCAUGGACUCUAUGACGCCGAUUUAGUCUCAGAGGAGGCUAUAAGGGAGUGGGUGAAGGCGUCUCCUCUCCUUCUUGACGAGGACCUCUCUGCUGGAUGCUCACAACUCCGGGAGAACCUGGCACCAUUCUUAAAGUGGCUUGAUGAAGCAGAUGAAGAGGAUGAUGAGGAUUAG